AUGCUGUUUGAUAAGAGCUUAUUAACUCCAUGUCCAGUUUUGACUCCAACAGACAAAGAGUUUAGAGAUCCUGUUGGUUAUUUAUCGAGUGAGAAGGUAUCAAAGCUAGGUGCUACCCAUGGCAUACUUAAGAUUAUUCCUCCACCAAAUUGGAAACCAAGUUUCCACAUCAACCCCGACUUUAAGUUCCAUGUUCGAAAACAGGUACUUAGUGAUUUGGGGAUCACAACACGAUCUAGAGAUUUUUUCAGAGAAAACAUUAACCGGUUCUUGAAAAUGAGAAGAAAGCGUCAACUCAAGUUGUAUUUUGAAGUCCAUGGCACCAAAGUGUAUUACUAUGAUUUGUAUAGAGAGGUCGAAAAUCUUGGUGGAACAAUGGAUCAAGACAAAUGGCAAAAGUUGGGUGUUUGGUUUGGUGUUGAAGCGUCGGCAUUAGAACGUGAGUACGAUUCUACAAUAAAGUAUUAUGCAACUUAUUUACACACCAAUUGCAGUUAUGAUUUUCCAGAGAGUGAUUCAGAAGAUGAAUACGAUAGCUGUUUAGUGUGUGGACAACACGACCAUCCUCUGGAGACUUUGCUUUGCGACAACUGUGACAAUCCGUAUCAUAUGAAAUGUUUGAAUCCACCUUUGGAGCUGGUCCCUGCCACUAGCUGGUAUUGUGACAAAUGUUUGAUAGGGACAGGAGAGUAUGGAUUUGAUGAGGAUGUUGAUGUCAAGUAUACAAUUCCUGAGUUUUAUAAAAUGUGUCAGGAUUUUGAUGCCAAAUUCAUAAGAGAUUAUAGCCAGAACAAACCGUUAUCUGUAGAUGACAUUGAAAGAAAGUUUUGGUCUUUUGUUGAUGAGGAAAAAUCUGACUUGGAGGUGAAAUAUGGUGCUGAUAUCCAUAAUUUGCGACCAGGUGAAAUAAGUGGGUUUCCUAUGGCUGACACCCCUUCGUUAGAUACAAGUGACCCCACUAUACAGUAUUACAUCAACCACCCAUGGAACUUGAACAAAUUGGCGUUUUCUAGCGGGUCUUUGCUUAAUUUUAUCAAUUCCUCCAUAUCUGGAAUGACCAUACCUUGGAUUUAUAUUGGAUCGUUGCUCUCCACAUUCUGCUGGCAUGUUGAGGACCACUACACCUUAUCGGCCAAUUACUGUCAUUUUGGCGCCACCAAGAAAUGGUAUGGUAUUCCUUCUCUGUUUGCUGAUAAGUUUGAACAGUUAAUGAGAGAGUCAGCCCCAGAUUUGUUUAAGCGACAACCGGAUUUGCUACAUCAGUUGGUAACAUUAAUGUCGCCAAUAAAGUUGGUAGAACAUGGCAUACCCUGUGUAUACGCAGACCAAAAUCCAAACGAGUUUGUGAUAACAUAUCCCCGUGUGUAUCAUGCAGGUUUCAAUUGUGGGUUUAAUUUUAACGAAGCUGUGAAUUUUGCCAUCGACGAAUGGUUGGAGUUUGGAGAAAAAUCCGUUUAUGAUUACAGGCCAAUAAAGAAAGAGAAUGUGUUUAAUCAUUACCAGUUGUUAGAGAAUAUCCUAAGUCGAUUCAAUGAAAAACACGAUGUGAGCAUAGACUUGGUAAAGCGGAGUUUGCAGAGUUUUGAAAAGUUUGUUUCCCGGUUAGAAGAGUUGCUGGUACAUUUGAAAGACAAGGCAACUGUUGAAUACAAAUCAUCUGUUGGCGAUAACGAAGAAGACGAUCUUUGCGACUCAUGCAAAACGCACAUCGGCUUUCAAUACUUUGUACUUGAACCAGAAUACUCAAAACAGUUGUUGACACCCGAUGCUUCUCCUCAAGAGGUUGAAUCAAAGCUGGAUAAUGCUGAAGAAGCUAGUAAGGUUGCUAAUUCGCAAGCAUCUCAUGACCUCGCACGACUCAACGAACCGAAAGCGAUGGUAGACCAGUUCAAUAGCCUAAUUGAGAAAGCCAAAAAAGAUGUCAGUAAGGACGAGUCUAGUAAAGUAAGAAGAUCGAAACGUAUUCUUAGUUUAAAGGAAAAAGAGGCUCUACAACAACCUACCAAACGAACCAAAAAGAAUACCAAGAAAGUGCGUUCAAAACCACCAAUAAACGAACCAAAACUAUGCACAGAAUGUGUUUGCGCUAUGAAAAGUAAGCUGAUACACGGUACGCUAGUACUCCGCAAACUGCUUUCUACUUUAAAGGAGUUGAUCGAAGAAACGAAAAUGAAUCUUGUAUGA